CAUGGAGGGGAGAGGCACAGUAAUGUCCCUGGAAUAGAUUCUUGGCUCGAAAGUCCUUUCCAGUUCAGCACAUCAGUGCUGGUGGUUGUGCUUCUUGCUUGUGAGGUGUGGGAGGGUGGUAGUUUGUGAAGAUUUAUUUCAAGGAUAAGGAAACACGUUCCAGCCCCUUAAUUUGCAACAAUUUCUUCAGUUGAAGUAUGAAGAUCUGGACAUCGGAACACACAUUCAAAAUUUUUGUACAUUUCAGCCACCCUUGGGAAACGGUGGCCCAGGCAGCAUGGAGAAAAUACCCCAAUCCAAUGAAUCCUGCUGUAAUCGGUACUGAUGUCCUCGACAGAAAAGUUGUGGAUGGUGUUCUCCAUACCCAUCGGCUUGUAAGCUCCAAGUGGGGAUUUCCUGGAUGGGCACAAAGGAUUCUGGGAAAUCCAAGUGUUUGUUAUGCUAGUGAACAUUCACAAGUUGAUCCAGGAAUGAGACAAAUGAUACUGAAAACUACAAAUUUGUCUUUCUGUCGCUACAUCGCUGUAGAUGAAACUGUAAGUUACGCACCACAUCCUCAGGACUCUGAGAAGACUCUCCUUAAGCAAGAAGCUGUUGUAACUGUACAAGGCAUCCCCCUUCAUAAUUAUGUUGAAGAUCUGUUAACGAACAAGAUCUCGCUAAAUGCCGGAAAGGGAAGGCAAGCUAUUGAGUGGGUAAUAAGCAAAUUCAACACCGAAGUUAAAGAUUUAACAUCAUCGGCAGUCAAGAGUACAGAUGAAAUUAUAGCACAAACAAAGAAGUCCCUUGAUGACAUCACUGAGACUGCCCGAAAAUCAAUGGAUGAUCUUUCUACAGCAGCAAAAAAGUCUUUUGAUGAUAUACAGAAUUUAAAAUAUGUUCCUCCAAGGACUAAUCAAAGUUUGCCAGAACUUUAGCAGGAAUAAUUUAUUUUUAUGUGCCAGCAUAAAUUUGCAAGAAAAUAAUACUGUCAAAUUCAAUUUCAUGUUUGUAUCAUUGUCACUAGUAGAAAUAUUCCAGGUGUCCCAAGGAUGUGAUACGUAAAAACUUAGUAUUUCAAGAGAGUGACAGUUACUCUUGCAGCUCAAGAGUAAUUUUAAAGAUGUUGACAAUAAUGUGCCUUUUCUGAACAAAUCUGGUGUAGUGAAUAGCUGCAAUGGCUAUCUGUGGUCUGUUAAGUGAACUGGCUGGUCCAGUCACUAUUGCUUGUAAUAUUUCUACUUUUUUGAUUUCUUGUGCUACUUGUGAUUGUGUCCAUUAUCAUUCCAUUUGAAAUGCCCAUUAUCUUUCUAUAUUGCUCAUGGAAAACCUAAAAUAUUUUUGCAUUCUGGUAAUUUAUUGAAUUGAUGAAUUGGGUAUUGUCCCAAGUAGCCAAGUAAGGAAGUAGAAAAAUAGGCUAAAGAGUGAAACAAGACAUUCCCUCUGUCUGCAUUGCUCUCUAGUGAACGCUCACCCAAAAAAAACUGUCACUUUCAAAAUGAUUCCUCCACCUUGCUAAACAAGGAAUAUGUCAGACCUAUAUGAAUUAAUAUACAGGUCUUUACUACAGAAUGAGCACUGAGGUGAAGGAGCAGAAGGAGCAACUCCAAAGUGUAGUUAUGGAGUGGGUUGUAUUCAGAGAUCCUUAUUUAGGUUUCUCUGAAAGUUCAGUAAUGUGUUCCGUUUUCAAAGAAGUAUAAAUGUGAAGUAGUGAUAUUGCAUGUUCUGGAGUGCAUUGUAUAUGAACUGCUUCAUUUGUAUUGUAGUGAUGAUAGUGCUUUUGUUCAACAUUUGUUCUGAAUGUGUCCAAAUCUAAAUUAUUUUAAUUAUUUAGCAUUACAUGGCCAUGUAAGAUUAAGCUACCUUUUCAAAGGUUGAUGUAACAGAUUUUCCUAAUUGAACCUGGUUAAUUCAACCCUGUGUGUUUUUUAUAAUUAGUGGUAUUCUUUCCACAGAGUGCAGACGCAUUUAACAUACAUAAUUACAGUGAACUAGAACAGUCUAUUUCAGCUUCAGGGCAUUAAUUUAUGUGGAGACAGGGAAUUGAUCAAAAUUGGCUCCAUGUACUAAAUUUUUUAGUUACUGAAUCUACCAGUGUAUAUUGAUUUCACUGUAGAUACAUUGUUUGUGAUGAAAUGUGCGUAUUUUUUUAAUAGUUGAAAGCAGUAGUUUUUCCUUAUAUGCUUACAUGACAAAACCUUGCGAAUUCAGUAAGGAAAUGAAUCAAUGCAGAAUUGUUUAGUAGCUAGUCACUUCACUUUUAAUCUUAUUCUCCCUGAACAAGAACACGUUAAGCAUAAGGGAAACUGUAUGCACGUAAUACUGUUUAAGUCUUUGCUUCAUAGAUGUUAUAUCAUUCCUACAAAUAGAAGGAAGAACUGAACACAUUAAAUGUAUGUAUGUACGUAUGUGGAUACAACUGUCAAUCAAAUGUAUAUAUUAUAAUUUACUUAUAAACAUCAGACUGUACUGAAAAGGUCUAACUGAAAUCUUUUUUGUUAUCGGAGUAUUUUGUACAGAAAAUAACCGAACUACUGCUUAUAUAUUAUAAUGUAUUUUGUUGCACGAGCUUUCAUUUAUAAUAAGAAUUUCAUUUACACUAAAGUUUGUUGCGAAUCAGUAUUACACGUCUGAAAUGUUUAUGUAAAUAAAGAACGAAAAAUUGAUUUGAAAACUUUUUGUUAAUCCAUUAAAGCCCAGCGUCCUUUGUUGAACACAUAUAUAUCUGGUAGUUUUAAUUACAAAAUUGUUACUGGUGUGAUGAGUUCAUAUUAUAAUUUUUUGGAAGCACCUUUGUUAUAUUGAAGGAAAUUUUUAUGAUGGUUCUUUCUGAAGAAUUUGCAUGUCACCAUUUAAAUGCCUUGUAAUAAACUCCUAAUGUUAAUUUUGAGUUUAAAUGGUGUUAGGUUUCAUAUAUUUAUUUAGGUAAUUUAUUUGCUGGAAGGCAUUAAGUAUUUGUUCGAUAAUUGCAGCUCAUUUUCAUUCACUAUUUCAGAAAUGUGUAUAUUUCCAAGUGAGGAUGCUAGCCACUCUGGCAUGGCAUCUUGCUUGAACAGGAAUAGAUUUGUUCAGUCCUUGUAUUAAAGUAUUACUUUUUUAGUUUCUUUGGUUCAUGAAUAGGCUACCAUAUUCAAACAAGGAAAUUGAUGCAAGCAAGUCCUGUAAGGUCUCGCGAGUUUUCUAUUGAUGCACGAUAAAUAAUGUUUGUAGUUGAUUAACACUAUCUUAUAUGGAACAACUAAAGUUCUCGUGUGCCAUUUUGCAUGAGUGUUUUUCUUCAAUGUGCAUCAAUGCAAUGCUUGUGUGCAGCAGCUCUAAAUCCAUCUGACAUGGUUGAGGAGAGACUAAUUGACCCAGUUGAUGUUAAAAACUUGCCAGAAACAUUAGGAAAAUGUUCAUAACUGAACAACUAAAAACCUUUAGAUACUGUCAAAGAUCUAAUGUUUUCAUACACUGGAAUGCUUCUCUAUGCAAAUCAGUGACUGCCCUUCGAAAACCCUCAAAGAAAUGAAUUUUGUAUGUUAAAGUUGAGAAGGAAGAGAGAUGUUCAUUAAGUGGAAUGUCAAAAGAAUAACUAUUGUUACAAAGGAAUGAGAAGGAGCUAUGAAGUCCAGACCCACAUCUCACUAAGCCAACCUCAAGUUUAGAAGACUGACACUGGCGAAAUGGGAGGGGUUGAUAAUCUAGAAUGAUUAGUGUAAAAUUAUGUCAUAUGACCUUAUUUUCAAAGGAAUAAAAAUGUUAGUAAUAAAUACAUGAAUUUCUCUUAUGCGCAUGUUCUAGAAAAAGACAUUAUGACAUGAUAAACUUUGCGUAAUUAGUAGGGAGUGAUAUUAAUCAAUUUAUUAAAUGCAAUUAGAUUGAAUCCCCAUUUAAGAACCACAUUCGUUUCCUAAUUGAAGAGCAGAAAUUUUAUUUUAAGAUUAUAAAAGAACAGUAAAACGUCUAAAUGGCAAUUUUCUUUCAAAAUUUCGAAUCCGUUUUAAAAAACCCGUUAAAAUGCCCAUUUUGCUUAAGUGCUGUACGUUCGAUUUGAGCUCUUUUUCACAAAAUUUUUGAGUUUUUGAAAAACUUAAAAUUA